AUGCUUUGUAGAAAGGUGCCACAAGCUAAGAUUGCUCUUCAACAUAACUUGGGUGCCGGAGGAGCAGUUAUCGUCACCAUGUACCGCAAAGGAUUUACUAACGUAAACCCUAACCCCGUCUCCGCGGUUAACUCUGACAUCUUCAAAGUAUCCAAGUACAUGAAAAUCCUUGAAGAAGUCAUGGAAACCGACACAGAAAACCUGGUUGAAAAAUUUAGGGGAAUUUACGGUUUCAAAGUUAAGAAAGGUCCGAAUGACGUGGAAGGCUACUGGGUCAUCAACGCCAAAGAGGGCAAAGGCAAAGUGACUUACAAUGGCUCUGAAAAACCUGACGUUACCUUCACCGUAAACGACGACGACGUAGUAGACCUUAUCUCUGGAAAGUUGAAUCCUCAGAAGGCUUUCUUCCAGGGCAAGAUCAAAAUCCAGGGUAACAUGGGUCUCGCUAUGAAACUGACCGACUUACAAAAGCAAGCUGCUGGUAGAAUUGACUCCAUUCGCUCGAAAUUGUAA